AUGUGGCGUGUGCUGAUCGGGGCCACCCAGCUGACCCAUCUGGGCCCCGAGGCCCAGGUGCGCCACGUCAAGCGGCUGCUGGCCCACCAGGAGUACACGGCUGACUCCCAGCAGAAUGACAUUGCCCUGCUGGAGCUGGACGAGCCCGUGGAGUGCAGUGACUACGUGCAGCUUGCCUGCGUGCCCAACGCCUCGCUCACGGUGUCAGAGCUGAAAACCUGCUACAUUGCUGGCUGGGGUUCUGCCAGUGCAAAAG